GCGAAGCGGGUCCUCUCUCUGAAUUCGAAACGAAGUCUGAGGACAACCAGAGGUGCGUGCUGAGUACCCGUGGCAGCUUGGGGUUGCCCAGUUUUUGUGGAAACAACAUUGCCCACGCGGAGCAGGGCCUACUCUUAGUUUUCUUAUGUCCGGGUGAGACGCACGGUGACGCAAUUCUUCAACGCGCCAAUCCUGGGCAGGCCGGAGGGCGGGCUCUUCAAAUUUGAACUCCCGAGCUGUUUCGGUGUUAGGGAACCUCACGGAGGAGAGGAGCGUCACCUGCGGCUCGGCCGCUGCGGGCCGGGGCCGACGUGGGCCAGAGGCACGAGCCCUGGGGCUCCUAGCCCCCACUCCGCGGGAAGGGGAUCCCGGACUACCGCGAUCUCACGCUCCAGGCCCUUUACCCGAGGUUCCUCUGGCCCUCUGCUGAAGGUCUAUCCUGAAAAUUGUGUGUAAGUGAAAUUUCUAUUAGAAGAAAUUUGUUGCUGCUGUUUAUCAAGAUGAUUGUAACACCUUUGAAACAUCCAGGAACUCACUUGUCUUCAGAGACAUCUUCUCAAAGGAGACAUAUGCCCAUGCAUGCAAUCUUUUUUGACAGCAUUCCUUCCGGCACACUAACUCCUGUAAAAGAUUUGGUGAAAUAUCAGCAGUCCUCUUUAAAAUUGAAUGACCAUAAAAAGAGUCAGUUCCUAGAAAGGACAGUUGUUAAUAAUAAAAAUAUAUUUCAAUCUACCAUGCUACCAGAGACUACCACCUCUAACAGUUCUCUUGAUAUCAGUGCUAUAAAGCCCAACAAGGAUGGAUUAAGAAAUAGUGCAAAUUAUGAAUCACCGGGGAAAAUAUUUCAAAGAAUGAAAGAAAAAGCACUACGUAACAAGCAAGAACAAGCAUCAAGAAACAGUAGUUUGUUGGAACCACAGAAAAGUGAAAGUAAUAAAAAUUUCGUUUCUAACAAAGCUGAGAAAAGGGAAUUACAGCAUACGUACGUCUGUGGAGAAAAGGAAAACAAAUCAUUCCAGUCAGAAAACAGUUCACCAAAAGACUCAACCUCAGUCCAAGAAGUUCCUCUAGAGUCAUCAAAUAAUACUGUCCUGUCAGUCAAGCAAAAGAUUCAAUGUCAGCAGGAAAAGGAAGCACCUCUGCACAAUUUAACUUAUGAGCUUCCAGUUCUGAACCAAGAACAUGAAAAUAUUUCAGCUGCAGGAGUCUCAAACAAGGCAUUAACUAGAGCUCAGUUGGCUAAACAAAUUCUUCACUCAAAGGAGAAUACAGCUGCAAACACUAAGUCCAAAAAGGACACUUUUUUUUUAGAAGGCAUUGAUUCUACCUGUCAAAAACCCCAAAAUACCACUGUUGAGACUCUCUGUGUUGCUAGUAAUGGUGGUCAAUUAAUGGUUUCUGAUGAUAGCAAGAUCACAACAGAAGGCACUUCAAAACAGGAAAUCAAGGAAGGAAAUGAGAAAACAAUGCCCAGAGAGACUGAUCUUCCAGGUUCCAUGAAUGAUACAUGUAAAAUUGUGCUUGCAUCUCCAAGAUUUCAUGUAGCAGUUCCUCGGAGAUCAAAAAGAAAUGCCUCGAAGCUUUCUCCGAGUAUAUGCCAAACUAUUACAAAUGGAGCUGAAAAAAAUAAGGUAGUCCAGCUACAGGAAUGGAUGAUUAAAGUCAUCAAUGAUAACACUGCUAUAUGUGUAGAAGGAAGAUUGAUAGACAUCACUAACAUAUAUUGGCACAGUAACGCAAUUAUAGAACGGAUUCAGCACAACAAACUUAGGACUUUAUCAGGCAACAUUUAUAUAUUAAAAGGAAAGAUAGACCAGAUUUCCAUGAAAGAAGCAGGUUACCCGGAUUCUCUCAUAAGGAAAUUUAUGUUUGGAUUUCCAGAAAAGUGGAAAGAGUACAUUGAUAAUUUUUUAGAACAGUUAAGGGCUUGUGAAAAGAAAAAAGGAAAAGCCAGACAAAAACAGAAAACUGAAAGAUUUGUCCCUGACAUUCGAAAAUCAAUCAAAAAUGGUACAAAGGAAAACAAAACAGAUGUGCUCCAAAGAGCCAGCACCACUUAUGACCUUGAUUGUGAUCAUUUGGCAAGAACUGAAGAAUCCAGAGUAUCGGCUGAUAUCCUAACAUCAAGGGAACAGUUUUUCUCAGACAAAGAAAGAAAAUAUAUGGCUGUUGACCGGAAGGAACUUUAUAUUUUAGUAACGCCACUUAAAUCUCAAAAAAUUAUAGAGCAAAAAUGCAUGAAUUACAAUCUGUCCUCUGGCACCAUUAAAGCAGUAACAGACUUUGCAGUGUCAAAGCAUCAAAACAAAAAUAAGUCAGACUUAAAUGAAACUACAAGUCUAAUCACUAAGCCCACAAAGACUGUAGAAAAGACAUUUGAGUAUAGCGUGGGUCAUAAAAGUAAAAACAAGGGAAAUUGCAGUGAAUGUGAUUUACUCACUGUGAAUGAGAAAAUAAAAAUAUCUAGUCCUAAAACUGAACAAAUGGUCAUCUCUGACUCUAAGAAAAACACGAAGUUAUCAAAACUGAAAGAAGUCAAAAAUCAGGUAACUGUGUCAUUUUAUAAGCAUCACUCCUCACCAGAUUUGUCUAAUGAAGACAGUGAAAAAGAAAAGGAGUUUGGAGGGAAAGCUGAGGUGGUUAAGAAAACCAGAGCAAGAAAUACCAAAGAAACAGUGGCUCACCUGAGAAAAAACACAAGAAACACAAGGAAAAUCUCAGAGAUUUCUGAAUCUGAAACUGAAGAAAGUGAAUAUGAAUUUCAGAUGAAACAAAAGAAGGCUAGAUGUUCUGCUAAAGAAAAUCUUCAGAAACCCAGUAUUAGGAAUGAGCUUCCAAUUAUUGAGUUGGUGGGAUCUGGUAAGACGAACAGGCAUUCCUUAGAAUGUUUACCUGGUUUAAUUCAGGAUGAGGAAUGGAAUGAGAAAGAAUUACAGAAACUUCAUUGUGCUUUUGCAUCUCUUCCAAAGCACAAACCUGGCUUCUGGUCAAAUGUAGCUAUGGCUGUGGGUUCUCGAUCUGCCAAUGAAUGCCAGAGGAAAUACAUGGAAGAUCCCCGAAGGAAAGGAUCCCAGAAACAUGUCACGAAGAAAAAGCCAGUCAACCGCAAAGGUCAAAAUGGCAAGAUCAAUGAUGCUGAUAAGAAGCAAACUAUUAAGAUAACUGCCAAAGUAGGAACUCUUAAAAGGAAGCAGCAGAUGAGGGAUUUUCUGGAACAGUUGCCAAAAGAUGACCAUGAUGAUUUUUUCAGUACAACACCUUUGCAACAUCAAAGAGUAUUGCUGCCAAGUUUCCAGGACAGUCAAGAGGAAGAUGAUAUUCUGCCAGACAUGGACAGAAAUCCAGCAACUCCGUCAUCGGUUAUCUUUCCACUGGCAAAAACUCCUCAGUGUCAGCAUGUCAGUCCUGGUAUGCUAGCCUCUAUAAACAGGGAUGAUUGUGAUAAAUAUGUUUUUCGUAUGCAAAAAACCCAUAAAAGUAAAGGUGGCAUUGUUUGGGGCAAUAUCAAGAAAAAAACAGUUGAAACUGAUUUUUCAACUCCAACAGCAAGAAGAAAAGCGCCACUUAACAAAGAAUUAGUAGAAAACUCUGGUAUUGGAAAACUUUUCACCAAUGCUAUGGAGUCUUUAGAUGAAGAAGAAAAAGAUUAUUAUUUUUCAAACUCUGAUUCUGCAUGGUAAAAAUGAAAGACUAUUUCCAGGA